CCGACGAACUUGUGGUCCUCGGAAUUUCCUCGGAAAUUCAUUUCCUCGGAAUUCCGUCGGAAAUUUCCGAAGAAUUUCCGAGGAAAAAUGAAAUUCCGAGGAGUUAUUUCCGAGAACUUUUUUCGUCGGUAUGUCGUCGGAAUAGCGUUAUUCCGACGACAUACCGACGAUUUUUUUCCUCAGUAUGUCGCUGUUUUCUUGUAGUGCACCUUUGUCUAACUAUUUACAGACAUAUAACUUAGCAAAGUAAAACUAUACAAUGGUUGGUCCUCGGAAUUUCCUCGGAAAUUCAUUUCCUCGGAAUUCCGUCGGAAAUUUCCGAGGAAUUUCCGAGGAAAAAUGAAAUUCCGAGAAAUUAUUUCCGAGGACUUUUUUCGUCGGUAUGUCGUCGGAAUAGCGUUAUUCCGACAACAUACCGGCGAUUUUUUUCCUCAGUAUGUCGCUGUUUUCUUGUAGUGCACCUUUGUCUAACUAUUUACAGACAUAUAACUUAGCAAAGUAAAACUAUACAAUGGUUGUAUUCCGGAUCCCUCCCCCCCCCCCCCCCCCCCCCCCCCCCCCUCCCGAUAGAUUUGAUAAUGGUGUUUUGUUUUAGUAAGAGAUGGAUAAAAACAAACCAACAUAUUAUUAAGUAAUAAAUCAGUAUUCAUGAAUUUAUCUUAGAUAUUUUUUACCAAUAGUUUUAUAGUCUGAUUUAAGAAAAAAAAUGAUGCUAAAAGGUAUUCAAGCUUUCCAUUUCCUGGAUAUACAUAUAUAUCUGAAAAUCAAAAUAUUAGGAAUAAAGCUGUUAUUCUUUCUAGUUCAUGCACCAUUUUGUCAUUUUCUUUCAUUUUGGGUAUCUUUUUUCUUGACCAAAACAUUUUCGAGUAAUUUUCUCAUAAUAAGAACAUAGAAAGAUAGAAAGUAAAAGUUGAUUACGACCGGAAAAGCUAUUAAAAGAUCUCAAUUUGUGUUUACUAUUUUUGUCUCAUGGCAAAGAAGCAAUUGUAGUCUUUAACUUAUUAAUUCUUCCAUGACAUGAAGAUAUGCUACUUUCACUAGUUAUUUUUUUUUUUUGCUGUCAAAAAAAAAAAGACUAGUUAACUUAUUAAUUGUUAUUUUAAAUAUAUUUUCUGGCAAAAAAGAUAGAAUAUAACAUGCAUUUAUAAGAAAAUAGAAAUAUUAUAAUUUUUAAUAUUUGCUUUACUUUUAUGUAAUUUCUAUAUUAUAAGAAAAUCAAUUUUCAAACUUUUGAGAUGUUAGUCAUUAAUAUAUAACGUAAAUACGUGUAACUGUAACAUAUCUGAAUAAAAACCAUAGGGUUGUAGUGGUACAUAUUUAUUUUAGUGCAAUGCCAUUUUUAAAAAGAAAAAGUUGAUUAGAGAAACAAAAUAACUUCUAAAAUGGAUUGAUAGUAGUAUAAUACGUAAGCACGAAUAUAUACAACUAUUCCAGUGAGUGUAAAUCCCGAGAUAUAAAAACUAUUUUCAUACACAUUUCACACAAAAACAUUAGUCUGGAGGACAAAAAAGAGUAUGGUUUAAGGGUUAAAGUGAUUAGAGAAACAACUAUAUAUAUAUUUCAAAAUUAUGGAUUUGCGCUAAGAAAAUACGAUAAUUAAAUAUAUUGGUACAGUUUUUUUACACGAGUAUAAUCAACAUAGUUGAAGAACCAACCAUAACUUCUGAGACCUGAAUUCAAAGUAGUUUUGGUAUUAUUAAUUUUACACACUGGAGAUUUUUUUUUAUGGGUCAAAACACACUGGAGAUUCUAUACCAUAAUUGUUAAGGUUGUGUUCUCAAUAAAUAGCGUCUUCACUUCUCCUAAUCCAGCACAAAAAGAUAAACAUCACUUCUCAAUCCAAAAAAAUCAAAGAAAAAAAAAUCUUGUUAUGGAGAACGAAGUUAUGUCUUCUGCAAGCUCUUCCUCACCCCAACCCGAAACCAGCAAAGACACUAUCGUGGCCGUGGAGGAGUCCAACGAGAAGGCAACGGAGAACAACAACAAUCUGAGCCUCGUGCCUUCUGACCAGGAGGUUAUGUCUGAAAGGAGGAGUGAGAACCCUAGUCUCGGGUCUGAAAGGGGGAGUGAGAACCCUAGUCUCGGGUCUGGUGCUGUCCGAACAGGUACAGAGAUGACGAUGCUUUACCCAUCAAGAUCUAAUAAGAUCUACACUUGUCAGUUUUGCAGUAAAGGGUUCUCAACCACCCAGGCCCUAGGUGGCCACCAGAACGCGCACAAGCAUGAUCGUGAGUGGGAAAAGAAGAGGAAGGAGAUGGAAGAAGACUUCCCCGGACUCUCCUUUUUGAACCGUUACAUUGACAAGCCUCACUUGCUCCUAGGUGGGUAUUCAGAAGAUGCUUUAUCAAAUGAUAAUCAUCUUGGGAUCACUCUUGAAUCUUUCAAACGUAGAGGAAGCGGCGGCGUUUACCCAUCAUUCAAUAGCGGAGUCGGGCCCAUGGACAUGAACGUUGCUCCUCGCAUGGCUCCUACUCGCUUCUUCACAGGGAACACUUUUACCGAUGGUUCCUCUUCAAGGGGACUUGGGCCCAGACCCACCUAUGCCCCGAUGUUCCCUAGAAACGUUCCUCCUUUUCUUCGUCCUCGAUCCACCAAUCUUCCUAGAAAUUUGUAUCCGCAAGGGAAUCGUGUGGGCGAGAAGGACAACGUUGUGGUGAUUGAUGAUGAUGAUGAUGAGCCAGAUGAAGAUAACCCUAAAAGCUGGGGCAAGGAUUUAUCCCUUUGAGUAUUGUUUAGUUUUCAUUUUUGAGGUUUCAUUGCUAUUAGAGACCUCUCUUUCCAUCACAUCUCUCUCUCUCUCUCUCUGAAGGUUGUUUUUCUCUUUAAUUUUUAUUGUAUCUCGUUAUGAAUGUUCCUUUUGUCUGUAGUAUCUCUUCUUAUAUUCACAUGUAAUUGUGUUUUGGUUGAUUUACUUUAUAAAUCUGAACUAUUCAUCCCUUUCUUUUCUACAUCUCAUAAUUUUAAGGACACUGAUCACAAAAAGUAGAUAUCCAAAUAUAUAUUUUCUUAUUUAAGUUAGUGAGAGUUAUUAGUAAUAGUGUUGAAUUUUUGAGAACUUGUGAAGAAAUCUGCGUUUCAGGAUGGAUGUAUACAUAUUAGUACAUGGCACGAACCAUAGUGGUAUAGACCAAUAUCUUUGCUAUGAAAAUAAAAUGAAAUGCAUCAAAUUAAUUAUCUUAUUCCAAUUUUCUUGUACAUGCAAAUAAUUAAAUAUUUGUAUAAAAUUGGGGAAGAAUAACACCAUCUUAUCAUAACACUGAAAGAUGCUACUUUGACUAAUUAGCGUAAAUAAUUUGUUAUUAUAUUUUGAGAUAUGAAUUCAAAGUAAAUUCUGAUUUUGAUUAAAUUCACACCUUGGAGAUUUUCUACCAUAAUUUGACGUUAUCUACUCAAUAAAUAACGUCCUCACUUCUGAGAAUCUAAGCACAAACAGAUAGAGUUCACUUCACAAUCCGAAAAAAAUAAACUAAAGAAAAAAAGAAUUUGUAAUGGAGAACCAUGUUGUGUCUUCUGCAAGCUCUUCCGCACCCCAACCCGAAAUUUGUGAAAGCAUUAUCGUGGCUGUUGAGGAGUCCAAGGAGAAGGCAGCGGAGAACAACAAUCUGGGGCAAGAGAAUCCACUGAGCGAAGAGGACAACGUUGUGGAGAUUGAUGAUGAUGAUGAUGAAGAUGAUGAUGAUGAUGGUGAUGAUGAGGCAGAAGAAGCUGGCGGUACCCUUCUCUCUGAAGGUUGUUUGACUCUUUUUCAUUUUAUUGUAUAUCGUUUUAAACGUUCCUGUGUCUGCAUCUUCUCUCGUUACAUCUAAUUGUGUUUUCGUUGAUUUGCUUCUUGUUUUUGUUCUUCUUUUCUCUUGUUUCCAUCUAUCAUGGAGUCUUCUAUCAUUUCGGCAAUUGCCUAAAAUCCAUGUUCCGUAACAGCCCUCAAGCCAAUUGACUAAACCAAUGCUCCAGUUCAUGAUUUGAGAUGUAACUUUGCAACUUAACUUCUUCAGCUUUCUUUUGCACAUGUUUCAUCCUACGUAUAAAUAUGAACAAUACAUUUCACCAGAAUUUCAUAUUUGCUUUGACAUUGAUGUAGCUAGCAGAAGCUACCAUAACCUGAUUAUUUAGUCUUAGAAUGCCCCAGAAACUAAAAGCAUGUUUAUUGGAGGUUUUUAGGACGGAGUUCUUAUCGGAAUAUAAGAACCCGUCUCUUAACUCUUAACUAAAAAAGUUAAGAACUGGUUCUUAAAUAAAAUAUUUAAUCUCAUUUAAAAGUUAAGAGACGGGUUCAUAUAUUCUGCUAAGAACUCCACUCUAAGAACCUCCAUUAAACAUGAUCAAGCCUUCUUAUUUCGGUAAAAACUCGCAAGUUCUUUCCGUAACAAGAAAAAUAUGAGAAAACUUUCAAUCUUAUUAAUCAAAUCUAAGAACUGUAUAUAAACUUCAACCCUAUACAAAAGAAAACCAUAAAACAGUAAGACUCUAAAACAAUAAAGAAUAGUUAUUUCAAUUUAAAAUAAUCAUAAACGAUAAGAUAUCUAUCUUCAUCAUUUCUCCAUUUAAAAUAAUCAGCGAUAAAAUAUUUAUCUGCAUUAUUUAUCAGAUAGAUAUUUGAAUUGAGAUAAUUUAUCCUUUUUGUUUUAUGCUUAGGUUAAUAUGCAGUUUUUAGAUUUGAUUAAUGAGAUAAAGAUUUAUUUCUUGGGUAGAACUUGCAAUUUCUCAACGAAAUAAAAAGGUUUAGUGGCUUAGUUUUUCGUGAAAUUUAAGAAUUAAGGAGAUAUCCCUCGUAUAUUAAAAGAGAAACAUUGUAAUAAAUGCAUUCAUACUAUAAUAGACACACUAGAUUUUGACCCGCGCUUGAGAAGCGCGGGUAUUUUUUGUUGUCCGUUUGAUAAAAUUUGAAUAAAUUUAUAACUUUUUAUUAGGAAUAAAUGAUUUUAAAAUUUCUCUAUUAUAAUGUUUGAAUUUUAAAUAGUAUUUUCAUAUCCAAUCCAGAUAUAUAGUAUGUUGUGAACAGCCAUGAAUUAAUCAAGAAGACAGUAGAGAACUAAACGUAUUGAGGCAAAUACCCGUUUAGGAUUUCUUAUUAUUGUGUGAAUGUAUAAUCUUACAAACCCUUAGACCCAUAUUUAUAGCAGCCUCAAAACCUGAUUUCUUUUAUCUUUUAGGAAUACAUACUUAUCUAGAAAAAGUAAAUUUUCAAAAUCGUCCGACCCACGAGUGUUGGACUUUUACUGGUGCACAGAGAUUUAAGACACACAGAUGCAACAUAGUCAAACCGAUAGAUUCAAUAAAUCUGUAUAUAGUUCUAUUUUGAAUUUAAUAAAACAAAAUAUGAUAAAAAUACGGUAAAAGCCAAAACACGCUAUUAACGCUAUCACUUUUCAGGUUUUUAGGUACUUAUGUUCUUUGUCUAAACUUAAAUAUAUGAACCGACCUAUCCAUGCUACAUACUCAAAUAUUACAUGUAUUUUACAUGUAUUUGAAUUAUGAUUCCAAACUGAUCCGAACAUGAAAGAACCCAUCUAAACCUGAAUAAAAAAAACAAAAAUCUAUUUGGGUCCAAAUGUUUAGAAUCCAAAUAACCAAGAUAGAAAGAAACCGAUCCGAAUACUUGAGUACCCAAACCUAUUUUCUCAUUAUAUUUUGUGUGUAUUUUAUAAGCUUUACAUUUGUUAAAUUUUUAUGGUUUAAGAUUUAUUUGAUAGAUUUUUUUAACUAAUUCAAUAGAACAUAUUUGUAAGAUUUCUCAUAGUUUUUAAACUUUAUUAAUAAUUUUUUAUUAUAAUACAUUCUAUAAAAAUUAAGUUAACAUAAUAUAAAUAUAAUUUUAUUUUAACAUAUGAUUUGCGAUUUAUCAAAUUUAAUUUUGUAAAUAUUUGAAACUAUAUAAGAUGUCAUGAUACAAUGUUUAAUGAUAUUAUUAGUACAUGUAUAAAAUAUGGCAUAUUAUUUUAGCUUUAAUAUGAUUGUGAUCUUAGUGAUAUUAAUAUCCCACACAUAUCACAAUGAUUGUGAUCCCACGAAAUUAGGAGUGUUCGUUAAUUUUUAUGGUAACAUAAUUAAUAUCUCACGAACA